AUGGGACAAUCCUUGCCCAAGGCUACGUUCCCGAUCCACGGGUCAGUCGCAUCUUUGCCAAUCAUCUACUCUCAUAAGAAGCAGAUCCUUCGGGCCACUGUCGUCAUGCCUUCUCGCUCUAAAGUUGAGGCGGCGCUGGCUGAGAUUCCUCAUGGGACCUCUCCAUUCACCAUGACGACCGAGUCAUCACUCGGGGCCAUGAUUGUGGCCACCAACCUCAUCGCGCUCAAGGAGGGUUGUUGA